AUGGAGUCUGAAUUUCCACAAGGCGGGCAGCCACCAGAAACACCGAGGACCACUUUACCGCCACAGUCCGAUCGUGAGCCCUUGAUUACGACCGAGAGCCCACCACCAUCUCCUCCCUCAAGAGAGCGUACUAGACGAAGCAAAGAAAAUCUAGCGCGACGGGGGAAAAACGAACGAGAAUAUUCCUCUGCAUCAUCUGAAUCCACAGACCCAGAUUCUGACGACUCGACCUGGAAUACCCCAAGGAUCAUUAAGAAUCGAAUAAGAGAGCCGAGUACAGUGCGGGAUUCCUUUUCCUAUCGUACGCCUAGACACGUUAUUCGUCGGCUAUACGAGGAAAGACAGCAGUAUAGCCAGGACUGUAAUCCUCCUGUUAUCUGGGAAGCUAGGAUUUACAGGGCUCGGCAUGGGAAGCAAUCUUCAAGAGAUGAACCUAGGGCUAUUUACUACGAUGACCGCCCUCUGGAAUAUAAGUUGCAACCAUUAUCUGGGGAUUCUGAACUUAUGAAUUCAGACAAAAAGAACGUUGGGGAGCAACAGAAUCACGUCAGCUGGACCGGCGCUGUUUUUGAAGUGUGUUUUCGUGCCUUAGAGCAUCCAUUACCUCGAUCAAUCUACGUACAUCAUCCUCGUUCCGACGCCGCGAAACCAUCUGGAAAUACAGGCAAGGCGAACCCACCGGCCAAAGAGAAUGCCGAUAGUUCCCUCGUAUUCAAUCGUGUGUCAGAGAUGGGGAUCAGGAUUAAAUCACCCUUUCUCUAUUGCAUACUUUCAGAUAUUGUAGGGUACUAUCCGUCAUUUUACAUGGAGCUACCGGCUGCCAAUUUACUCAAGCUUUUCUUAAAAAGGGGCUCUGAAGUCAAUUCAAACUUCGCAAUCUAUGAGCCGUAUGCGGUGCUAAUGCACCACUUCCUCGAGAUAGAAGCGACUGCCAACAACAUUCAACCCAGACAGAAGAUGGAUCAGGAAUCCGAACGGGAGCAAGAUGACCCGCAAGUCUCUAGGCUCAAAAUAGAGCAUCUUAAACGCCUCUACGACUUUUUAAACCCCCAAUAUCAAGCCCAAAUCCUACCCCUCCAAGAACAGCUCAAGACCACUGCACCUCGAAUCGCAUUUGAUAUGCUCUGGUGGAUUUACAGACCCGGAACAACAGUUUAUUACCGUACCCCCAGAGUGGUGUAUGCCUGUGUUAUUUCUAAUAUUAGGAGUAACCUUGAUGAUCGCGACUAUAGGGACUACGAUGGAGUCCAGGCUACCGAAAAUAUCGUGAAUCUCUGGGUUCUUGACUUAUGGUACCUUGAUAGUGAUGGCGUGAAGAUUGGUCGCUCGCCAGCAACAAGUAGAAUAGAAGCUUUCACAGGACUGAGAGAGAUCACAAGCUUAGAUAUAUGUCCCAUUGCAGUGUGGGAUGCCUUUGACAAGGGAGAGCGCCGAAAGACAAUUAUGAGGCGUAGUAGUCACCUAUUCAAGGCGCUUCAACAGGGAUUUCUAUUGGCGCGCCAUGAUGGCCCUGUUUUCAAUAGUUCGCGAUAUUAUGCAGGGCCUGUCGUUAUUGAUCACAGGCGAGGGAUAUCCAGUACCCAAAGCCAGCCACCAUCGAUUGGACGGGUGAGGGAUUUUUGCCCCCAAUUCUGUGGCUAUGAUGGAAUCAUUGUCAAUGAAUCCACAAACCUAAACGAUGAUCCUGGGAUAAAUACCGAACUCUUCUCCGAAAACCUUCCAGGUCGGCAGCAAGCUCUACUCGCCAAUGAGCCGAGAAGGUCUUCUUCUCGGGAGGCUUUCCAUGGAACACGUGGGUCGGAGCCUGCCGUUCUUUCUGAAUAUACAAAUGUGAAUGCUAACACCUUAAACGUUGGCCACGAAGGUAAAGAAUACGUGAAGGAACUGGAUGAUCAUCAACUUUUGCUCCUUUCCCCCAUUGCCUGGGCGUUCGCGUUGAAGACAAAACAGUGGUUGAUGAUCCAAGCAGACUAUGUCUCCGAGAUUGUACAAUCAGAGGACAGUAUUGAUAAUUUAGUCCUAGGAGAGGAUGAUCUCAAAACAAUUUGUAGGCUCGCCAAACGCCAAAACAACAUACAAGAGAGUUGGGCAGCAGACUUUAUUGAAGGAAAGGGUACCGGGCAGAUAAUUCUACUCCAUGGUCCCCCGGGAGUUGGCAAGACGUAUACCGUCGAAGCCAUAGCUGAGUGGCUACAUCGUCCAUUGCUAGCUCUCAGCAUCACUGAUAUCGGCACCAUCGAGACACGCGUAGAAAGCGAGCUGCUUAAAUGGUUCUCUUUGGCCGAAGCGUGGAAUGCAGUACUCCUAGUUGAUGAGGCGGACAUCUUCCUCGAGAGAAGACAGAAUCGAGACUUAGCUAGAAACGGACUGGUAUCUGCAUUUCUCAGACGUAUGGAAUAUUUAAAAAACCUUUUAUUCCUCACCACGAACCGGGUAGGUCAAAUUGACGAUGCCUUUAUCUCACGAGUUCACGUCGCAAUCGGAUAUAAGGCACUUAGUGGUGAAGACCGAAAGAGAAUCUGGAACGGCUUCUUCCGCAAGCUCACAAGGGAGCGACCAGGCAAGAUCCAAAUUGCUCCAGGAGCGAAGAACUGGGUGCUGGAGAUGGCACUCAACGGGACAGCACAACUGAAUGGACGAGAUAUCCGCAAUGCACUGCAGACAGCGAUAACGCUUGCCGAAACGGAGUGUGAGGAAGAUCCGGACUUCGAUCCCUCUACAAUGGCCAUCGCUGUAGAUGAGUCGCACUUCCAGCGUGCGCUCGAUAUUAGCCAUAAGUUUUAUGAGUAUGUGAAGAGUAUUCGAAGGGAAGAUGAGAGAAAGAGAGCCGCGGGGCGGUGUGAUAGAAAUGAUUAUUGGGAGGGAGAGAGUUGA